CAUUUGGGUUUAUUGUGUAAUUGGCCCCAAAAAGAAUAUUAUAGUCAUAGACAUUGAGGGUUGAAACACAAUUCAUCUUCACACCUAACACAGAAGAAUUCUUAAAAUCGAUCAUCUGGCAGGGAAGAGUAGAAGUUUGAGAUGGCUUCUUCCUCAGAAAUCGUGAAAAAGUUGAAUCUUCAGCCCCACCCGGAAGGUGGAUUCUACUGGGAAACCUUUAGAGAUGCAUCUGUCACUCUUUCCACUUCUCAACUUCCCUCUGGAUAUAAGGUUGAUCGACCAGUCAGCACAGCUAUCUACUUUUUACUACCAUCUGGGUGUGUUUCGCAUCUUCAUCGAAUCCCAUGUGCAGAAACCUGGCAUUUCUAUUUGGGAGAACCUAUUACGGUCUUGGAAUUGAAUGAGAUAGAUGGGCAGAUCAAACUAACCUGCCUAGGGUCUGAUCUCAUUGGAGACAACCAGAAACCACAGUACACUGUGCCACCAAAUGUUUGGUUCGGUGCAUUUCCAACGAAGGACUACAUCAUUUCCCCAGAUGGGGCAGUUGCCAAUACUGCGCCGAGGGACCCCGAGACCCACUUCUCCUUAGUAGGCUGCACUUGUGCCCCUGCAUUUCAGUUUGAGGAUUUUGAACUGGCAAAACGCUCUGAGCUCAUUUCAAGGUUUCCAAAUCAUAAGCAUCUCAUCUCCUUGCUUACUUUUCCUGAUUGAAGAGCAGCCCUUAAUCCUUAUGGUCGAGUGUCCGUCUGAAGGAAAAUAAAAGCCUGUACUACAGUUAUUUUGGAAUAUACUUAGGCUCAUAAUGGUGAUGCAGAUGAUUUUCUAUAACACAGAUCUUGUGUUAGUGUGAAAAUGAAUUUAAAAUUUUUAGCCUUCA